ACCUGCGCUCCGCCCCUUGGUCCCAGGCCCGCAACGCGAGUAGGCAUUUGGGAACCCAGGACGGUUUCGGAGGUGCCCCCCAUCCCCGCCCCAUCCCCUCCAUUUCCCUGGCCGGAGUGGUCCGGAGCCUGUCGCGGUUCCCAACUGGCCCACAUCAUUCCCUCCCCCCGUCUGCCGCGGCACCGGUAUCCGCAGCCACCAGCCCGGAGCCGGUGAGGCGGCAAAGGGGGGAGGGGGAAGAAGCAAGGGAUGAGCUCCGGGAGGGCGUCGGGGGCCCUGAGCCGGACGAGGACGCCCCUGGAGCCGGGACCCGAGCCGGAGCCGGAGCCGGAGACAGAACCAAACCACCGGUACCGGCUGCAGCCCACUAAACCCAGGAGGCGCCCUGGCCCGCGCUCGCCCCCCAGGGCCUCAUGUCGGAACCACAGCCUGGCCUGGAGCCGCCCCAACAUGGGCUGUACAUGCUCUUCCUGCUUGUGCUGGUCUUCUUCCUCAUGGGCCUUGUAGGCUUCAUGAUCUGCCACGUGCUCAAGAAGAAAGGCUACCGCUGUCGCACAUCUAGGGGCUCAGAGCCUGAUGAUGCCCAGCUCCAGCCCCCUGAAGACGAUGACGUGAAUGAGGACACAGUAGAGCGGAUUGUUCGCUGCAUCAUCCAAAAUGAAGCCAAUGCUGAGGCCUUGAAGGAGAUGCUAGGGGACAGUGAAGGAGAAGGGACGGUACAGCUCUCCAGUGUGGAUGCCACCUCCAGCCUGCAGGAUGGAGCCCCUUCUCAUCAUCACACAGUACACCUUGGCUCUGCAGCUCCUUGCAUCCACUGCAGCCGCAGCAAGAGGCCCCCACUUGUCCGCCAGGGUCGCUCUAAGGAAGGAAAAGGCCGCCCAAGACCUGGAGAGACCACUGUAUUCUCAGUGGGCAGAUUCCGAGUGACACACAUUGAGAAGCGCUAUGGUCUUCAUGAACACCGUGAUGGUUCCCCUACAGACAGAAGCUGGGGCUCUGGUGGAGGGCAGGAACCAGGGGUUAGUCAGGUGGCUGGAGGGCAGCCUAGGACAGGGACAGCUGCCAUUGAGAGGCUGCUCCCUGAGCCACCACCCUCCCAGGCCGCAGCCACCCACCCAGUGCAGAAUGGGAGACUCAAGGAUGCCAGCCUAGUCCCUUGUACACUUGAGGGGACCCCUGGUACCUCUGCAGAACUGAACGUGGGCACUAGAGGGACAGGCCCAAGCCCAGGGCUGCCUAGUCAAGAAGCAAAUGGACAGCCAACCAAACUGGACACCUCAGGUCAGCAGGACUCUCUACCACCAGAAGCAGGGGGUAUGUGAGGCGAGUCUCCCUGAGCUCGAGAUCAGCCUCAGUCUUCACUGUGCUGAUGGAUUACCAGCAGGCAUUGCCAGGGGACAGCCAGCCAGGAAGGCUCUCCCCUCCGCUGGCCAGCUCUGCCCCUCAUUCGAGGGACCAGCUCUACUUCCAUCUGGAGAUGGUCCUGGCUGAGGGACCUCAGGAGGAGCCCCUCGCACUGCCUGGCCCCUCAUCUUUUCCCUUUCCCCACCUGCCAACAGGUUGCCUGGCCUGCCUUCCCCAAAACCUCGCUCCACAUGCUAGAGCGUGGCAGCUGGGACCAGGCCCUACCCUCGGUGGGCCCCUAAAGCAAUAGCACCUAGGCUCCCUGCCGUCUUGGCACAAGAGGCCCAAGCCCUGUCUUGGACUUCAUACCCUUUAUUCACUGUCAAUAAAUCCGCUCAGACCAUUACAGUU